AUGGCAUCCCAGCCACCAGGACGUGAUUAUUGGAAAGAAAACUAUGGCUAUACUCCAGUCUUUGAGAAAGUCGAGGCCACCGACGGCCAGUGGUAUUACCAACUAAAAGAUUUUGUUGGGGCGCCGCCCAAGACACGCGCGGGAGCAGGAUGGGUUCGAGAAGACUCGCUCUUAGGUUCUUCACAUCGCGGCGAGCUCAAGCAGUACAACACUAUCCAGGAUGCUCUCGAAUAUCAACAGAAAUGGAGGGUAGUGAAACUCUUGAACGACGAUUUCGGAAGGAUGACGGAAGGAGAUUAUAACUGGCUUCGAGAACUUGGUUCUGUGGGAUACGCUCAUAAUGAGAUGGCCACGUUACUACUUAAUGAAGCAAAGGACGCACCGUGGAUCGUCUUUGAGCCGCACAACUUCGAGAAAACUGAGCCAGCAACGUCAUUCCAUUACGCUGGUUGUGCGCAUCAACAGACCGGGCCGUUUUCCAAGACUACUCAAACAACUCGGCCAUAUGAUACGGAUCUACGGAACACUGUCCAAGAGCUUUGUGUGUUAGCAGGUAUCCUUCCAAUUUCCAAAGACCGAGAGGAUUGGAACGGCGCAGUUGUCUUUGGAGGGGAUAGCCGUAUCGCCGUGAUCUAUGGAAGUCCUUUCGAGAAAGCAAAGUCAGACAACACAGCUCUAUUACGGAUAUAUCAUGCUCUGGAGAAUUUUUGCACGGCUGCUCGGUAUGCUCAGGAAAUAUAUAUAUGCUGCGACUCAUUCACAUUCAUCAAAAAAGUCCAUGGAGACUCAAAGCCAAACAAUCUUGAGCUCGUUCGAAUCAAGUUCGACUUGGUGCUUUUCCUCAAAAACAAUAUACUAAGCCUCCCGGAUGAAGUGCAAUCAUCAACAAAACAGGGGAAUUUCAGCUCCAGGGCGGCUGCUGCUGCUGAAGCGAUACUUCAGCUGCUGGAAAUACCUUUCACCGGCUUAACAAACCAAUCAAACUUCAGAAGUGCGGGCCUGAAAGCUGCCUCUUGGGAUUUUAAUUCUGAAUGGGAACAUGCCCUCCAUAUCUGUGCACUUGCUACUCAAUUCCUUUGUGUGGGCCUUGUUUCAUUUACACAGGCUCAUUUGGGAAAGUUUGAACCGUUUUUCAUCGACACAACAAUACAAGAGCUGCUAUUAUCAGGAGCACUUCCAUCGCCAUCGGAAGAACAAGCAGCUCAUAUUCCCUUAAUACAUGUUUCUUUUGCUGAACUCACCUGCCUUGCGGUAAUGACACGGGGUCCAGUACUCUCGUUCAGCAUCGUAUACCGAAAACCCCACGUAAUUUCUUCGGAGAAUAAAGCCAAACAUGACUUGAUUUGCCGGUUGGAUGACUUGCUGGAGAUAUGGGGACCCGGACACUCUAUCCCAUCAGUGGGUAGUGAGGAGCAAAUCACAACAGUCGAGAUUGGAGGAGGAUUGCUCUACGUCGUGGAUCCAGCGAACAGCAAGUUCCACUGGGGACCCGUCAGCGAUGUUAGCGACUCAACAAUACCCUCUUUCCCACCAACUACCAGAAUGACCAUAGGAGCGGUGACCAUAGUCAAUCAAAACUGCAUCAAUGACGAGGGAGACCGGAGAGCCUGUUCCCAAGUUCUAGUGAACUUGGGUGUAUGCCAAGAUUCGUACGAACUGAGCCAAAAACAAUUCGGCUCACAAUUCGGCCAGACUAAUGCCUUGUUUUCUUACAACCAGACCUACACCAAACAAGCGGGAAUUCCACUCAAAAAGGUAGAACUGGAAGCCACAGAAGGACCAGCCCUACUUCAAGUCCUGGAUUGUUAUUGGGGACUUCAAGUAAGCUUUUGUACAGGCAUAGCUCGGGGAGUCCCGCUGAGAGAACUCGUCGCUGAUCUUCUCCUUACUUGGGCAGCGGCUCACGGCAUGGAGGUUGAGAUAAAAACUUGGGAAAAGAAGUACCAAGUCCUGGGUGCAUUCUCAGCUUCUACUAACUUUCAGGAAUGGGCAUUGCAGCUUCGCAAAGCUGACAAAGGUGUCUAUAAACACCUUAUGGAAUUUGCGAAGGAUAUACUGAGUACCCUGAGAUCAACUGGAUAUUGA